AUGGACAACAUCGACGAGGAGUAUGACCGGCUCGUUGAACACCUUCACGACUGCGCGAAGAAGGCUGAGAGUUUUAAAAUCACCAAGAGACGCCUGUCUCUUGAAACUCUUGAGCUAAUAUGGCAACGUGGAGCAGCACGAGCCGCAGGGAAGCAACAACUCACAUCAGAGCUCGCAAAGCUUUGCAGAGAGGCGAUAAAGGAAGACCUUAAAGAGAGAAGAGCAGAAGUGCUAGCUGAAGCUGCAGAGGCGGGAAAAAGCUUCCGUUAUGCCCGUCAAGACGAGGAUGACUGCUCUCCGCAACCCGAAGGGAACAACCAUUGCAUCGAGAAGGGGAAUGGAGAAAAUCAUGUACGACUUCUACUCUGA